CUAAUUUAACAUCUGUGGGAUGUGCUGAACAAACAAGUCAAAUCCACGGAUCCCCCAACACACAACUUAGAGGACUUAAAGGAUUUGUUGCUAACAUCUUGGUGUCUGAUACCACAGAAACACCUUCAGGGGUCUGGUAGAGUCCGUGCCUCGAUGGUCAGGGCUGUUUUGACAGCAACCAACACAAUAUUAGGCAGGUGGUCAAAAUGUUAUUCCUGACUGGUGUAUGUACAGCUUUAAAAUACAGUGGAUUACUAUGACAAUACUUGUUCAUUCAUUAAGAUACAGUCAUAAAGUAUUUCAAAAAAUAUUCAGCAUAGUACAAGUAAACAUGUAUCUGUUCUAUACUGCUCACUGUUUUAUUGCAGGUGAAUGCAGAAACCUGCAGGAGCUCAAUGUGUCUGAGUGCUUUAAUGUUACAGAUAUGAUGGUCCAGAGAAUUUUGGAGGGCUGUCCCUGCCUGCUCUACUUGAACCUUUCUUGCACCCUCUUAACAAACAAAACUCUACAAGAGCUGUCCAGAAACUGCCUGAGCCUUCAGUAUCUGAGUCUGGCCUACUGCGAUAGAUUCACAGACGAAGGUUUUCUGUACCUGGCCACAGGGAAGGGCUGCCACAAUCUCAUCCACCUCAACUUGUCCGGCUGCACCCAGUUGACCGUGGCUGGGUUCAGAUAUAUUUCUGCUGGAUGUCCUGCACUUGAAGAGAUUGUGAUCAACGACAUGCUCACGCUCUCAGAUAGCUGUGUCCUGGCCCUCCUUACCAGAUGUCACUGCUUGUCUGCUAUUUCUCUGCUGGAUGCACCACAUCUUUCCGAUAUCGCUUUCAAAGCUGUUGCUGAAGCAGCCAAACUGAAGUCUUUCAGCAUAGAGGGCAACUACCAGCUCACAGACUUGAUCUGGAACGCCCUGUUCAGAAGCUCACCAGGUCUCCGCAGGCUCCACGCAGCAGAAUGCCCCGGGAUGACUGACGCAAGCCUCAAAUCUGUAGCCUCCCUCCAACAUCUGCGGUAUCUUAACAUCUCGUAUUGCAACAGGGUGACUGAUGUUGGGGUGCAGUAUUUGACUAAAGGCUGCUCAGCAAAUGAACUGCAAGAACUGAAUGUCAGUCACUGCAGUCACAUCACCGACAUCUCUGUCAUGAGGAUUGCACAAAGGUUGUGUAAACUUCUCCAUCUCAAUCUGAGUUACUGCGAGAGGCUGACGGACUCGGCCGUGGAGUGGCUGGGUGGGAGCUCUCUCUGCUCACUUGACCUCAGCAGCUGCAACAUCCAGGAUCAAGGACUGGCCACUCUUGAGGGAAUUCCCUUGAGGAAAUUGGUUAUUGCCAAGUGCUUCUCUGUCACAGACGCUGGAAUUAAGAAGCUGUGCAAGAAUGUGACAGACCUGGAACAUGUCGAUAUCUCUCAUUGUGUGGCUCUGUCUGACGCAGCCGUCAGAGCCUUUUCGUUUUACUGCAGAGGCCUGGUCGCACUGCGGAUGGUCGGCUGUUUUAAGAUGACCGAUAUGGCCGUGCAGUAUCUGACAAGUGGAUCUCAGUACUUGCGAGAGCUUGAUGUGAGUGGUUGUGUUCUUCUCACAGAUCUCACACUUCGGUACUUGGAAAGAAUUUGUCCUCCACUCAGUUCCAUCACGAUGGCCUGCUGCAGCGGCAUCUCGAGGGCAGCUGCCUCCAAACUUCAGCCACGUGUGACAUACUGGGAGCACAGCAGCGACACCCCUCCAUACUGGUUUGGAUACAACAUGGGGCAUCUGGUCACAAAACCCAGCAAGUGAUGAUCCAUCAGAAGUAGCAAAGCAGUAAUCAGUAAUGACAACUGCAAUAAGUCCAUGCAGGAAAUAAACAGAAUUUUACCUG